AUGACACGCUUCUGUGACAUAAACCUCGAUGAUUACUGCUUGUCUUCUGUUUCUGGAUUUCUACCCGAUCGUCCCCCUGUGGAAAGACUUCCAAAUCCAUACUAUGACCAUUGGGAAGAUAUUAGUUGUGAUCUACCGCAGCUUAUCGCAAGCGAUAGAUUAAAGGAUAAACUGGAGAGCUUGCCAGUCUUGUCAACAGCAAUGCUUGACACUGAAGAAGAAUGGCGUAGAGCAUAUGUUGUGCUCUCUUUCUUAUCCCAAGGUUAUAUCUGGAGUGGCAACCAACCUAGAAGGAAUCUCCCGAUAGCAAUCGCCGCCCCGCUCAGAAAGGUGUCCGAAUAUCUCACCAUCAAGCCAUGCGGGACAUUUGCCGCAUACUGUCUCUGGAACAUAGCCUUCAGCCCAACGUUUGGAAAUCAACGAAUAAACCCACAGGAUUUCGUCUCACUCUGCACAUUCACCGGCUCCAAGGAGGAGGAAUGGUUCUACGUCAUUUCUGUUGCUAUAGAGGCACAAGGUGGAAGGCUCAUUCCCCAGAUACUCGACGUCAUUGACGCAGUGAACGAAAAUGAUACUUCACGCGUGCGAACUUUCCUGGAGGCGUUUGUCACGUGCAUUGACGGUAUCAUCAUGACUUUGGAUCGUCUGGACGAGAAUCUUUCUCAGGAAUUCUUCUAUCACAGAUUGCGUCCCUACUUGCGAGGGAGUAAGAACAUGGCCGAGGCGGGACUACCGGAUGGAAUAUUUUACCCUCAAUGUCAAUGCGAAGGGGGAGAGGGGCAGUGGUUAGCAUACAGCGGCGGAAGUAAUGCGCAGAGCUCGUUUAUCCAGUUAAUGGAUAUUAUUCUGGGAGUUGACCAGGACGUGGACUUCAUCAAGGAUAUGAGAAAUUACAUGCCUGGCCCACACCGGGAGUUUCUGGAGCUCAUGACAAGUGCGUCGAACCUGCGACCGUACGUACUGAGCCUGGGAAAUGAUUCGGAUGUCCGACAGCUGUAUGAUGAAGCAGUUUUACGGCUUACAGCAUUACGAGACUGCCAUCUCCGCGUGGUAGCGAGAACGUGGAAGGGGUACUGGUGGGACGGAUAUAAUGAAGUUCUUACGAACGACCCGGGACACUACGAAGUCAGCUUGCUGUGA